UAUAUUACAAAUAUCUGUACGUGCAGUCUAUUAUUACCGCGUUCAGGACACAAUGAAGUUUCUUAUUGUGUUUCUCGUAUUUAAGUUGUAGGAGAAUGUAGCUUAUGAGAGUAUUAUGAAGAACCCGACGAUUAUUUGUAAACUCCUUUGCAUCGUCAAAUGUUACUGUAUUCCGAACUUAAAACUUGUCUUUGUUGAUCGCUGAUUAUAUUGAAGCAUGUAGGACUUUACGGCUGUUAUUUGACAAUUUUCUUUCAGACUGCUAGUAGUUAAUGGAGGUGGCUGUUGAACUUUUAGUUCCUAUUACUUAGCUAGCCACAUUCAUGUACAAUUACUUGUGGAGAGUUGGUUAGGCUUUUUGAAACGUUUCUAUAUUUAACGGAUAUAUGCGUCAUUAUUCACAGAUAUAUUGACUGCAGUUUGAGGUUUAAAACUCGUCCGGUCUCUAUAUAUCAGGAAAAACAACUGCAGGACUAUUUGCCAAUGAAAAGUGAACAAUGCCUUUACCAUUUGGGAUCAAACUAAAGAGAACUAGAAGGUACACAGUAUCCGGCAAGAGCUGCCUUGUGACACGCAUCCAGCUGCUGAACAGCGAAUUUGUGGAGUUAACACUUUCUGUAGAGAGCACCGGGCAGGAAUGCCUGGAAGCUGUGGCACAGAGGCUAGAGUUGCAAGAGGUAUCCUGUUUUAGUCUCUGGUAUUUUAACAAGCAAAACCAGAAAAGAUGGAUUGACCUGGAAAAACCACUGAAAAAACAGCUAGAAAAGUAUGGACUGGAGUCAACAGCUUACUUUGGAGUUGUGUUUUAUGUGCCAGAUGUUUCUCAGCUACAGCAGGAGAUAACAAGAUACCAGUAUUACCUUCAGUUGAAGAAAGAUGUUUUGGAAGGUCGAAUAACUUGUUCGAUAGACCAGGCAACUCAUUUAGCAGGCUUAGCUGUGCAAGCCGAUUUUGGUGACUUCAAUCACUAUGAUUCCCAAGAAUUUCUGGAGAAGUUAGACCUGUUUCCUAUAGGGUGGAUUCAGGAUGAAAUUGUGCUGGAAGAAGCCAUGCAAAAAGUGGCACUACUUUAUACAAAGUGCAGAGGACUGUUGGCUCCAGAAGCUGAAAUGCUGUACAUGCAAGAAGUGGAGAAAAUGGAAGGUUAUGGCUAUGAGAGUUAUCAUGCCAAGGACAGCCAGGGAACAGAUAUACUCAUUGGGACAUGUUUGGAUGGAAUCGUCAUCAAAUAUAAACAUAGCAGACAGCCUGUUAUAUUCCGGUGGAAUGACAUUAACAGCAUGAAUCACAAUAAGUCAUUUUUUACAUUAGACUUAGUCAACAAAGAGGACACGGUUCAGUUUCAGACAGAAGACAUGGAAACAUCAAAAUAUGUUUGUCGAAUGUGUCUUAGCCGACAGAAGUUUUAUAAGAUGAAUGAAGGCUGUCUACAAACCCCGACUACAGAAAUAUCCCCAGUAAGGUACCAGCCAUCUACAAGAAUUUCCCUGGCAAAUCAAGCCAAAGGCCAGACCUACAUGAUGCCCCCUCCUCAGAUGAAUUACAAUGGCCACUACACGUCUCAAGAUAGUCAGAAUGGCUACUUCUGUCAGUCCCAGUCCAGUUUGGACCAUUCCGCUAAUGAAUAUAAUGGGCAGGUCUGUAAUGAAAGUGUAUACAGUGCCCAUAGCACUAGCUCUCUAAACAACCCACAGCACUACCUGCAGCCAUCUCCCAUGUCUUCUAACCCCAGCAUCACGGGGAAUGAUAUACUGCGGUCAGAAUACAUGCCAUGUUAUCGCCGCAGCUCACUCAUUCCGCCCUCUUACCGUGCCACACCAGACUAUGAAACAGUCAUGCAGCAAAAAAAGCUGGGCAUGGGGUCUUCAGAGCGCCAGAGUCACUCGAUGCGGAACCUAAACAUUGGCAGGUCCUAUGCUUACAGUCGACCGGAUCCUCUGGUAUACAGUCAGCCUGAAAUCCGUGAGCAGAGCCAGCUUACUAGCCAGUACCAUUUGCAUCUCAACUACAGCUUCCAUGGCCCUUCUCCAUACCAGUACCCAAGCGAUCGACGCCCUGUGGUUGGAGCUGUGAGUGUCCCAGAGCUCACCAAUGUGCAGCUACAGUCGCAUGAUUAUCCUGCCCCUAAUAUCAUGAGGACUCAGGUGUACUGUCCACCUCCCCCUUACUCCUACCCACGGCCUGCAAACAGCACCCCUGACCUUUCACACCAUCAUUACGUUAGUAGCAGUAACCCUGACCUGGUUACUCGCAGGGUUCAUCACUCUGUUCAGAUGUUCCAGGAAGAUAGCCUUCCUGUGGCCCAUUCACUGCAGGAGGUGGGUGAACUGCUUACUACAGCACAGCGUGGCCACAUGAAGAAGCGGAAUAGCAUUGACAUUGCAGGCCUUGCCUAUAGCUUAGAGUGUAUUAGAAUGAAAGAGACAGCAAUGUGCACAUCAAGAAAUGAGACAAGCCUACCCCAAGUUCAGGCUUCAGGCUCCCAGCUGAAUGUUGUUUUGGAGAGGACUAAAAGCCAAAAUGGGAAGAGCACGCAGGAUUUACUGUGUAGACACAAGAAAUCACUGUCAGAUGCCACGAUGCUGGUACACAGUAGUGGCGAAGAGGAUGAAUUUGUGGAUGACAAUGACUGCCUUAUACCACAGUCGCAGAAUUCCUCAGGCAACUCCAAGCAGCAUGUGGCUAUGCUAAAUCAUACUAUAGUGGAAUGUCCCACUGCCUACCUCCAUGAACAAGCUCUUGAAACCCCAAUUCCUGAAGCACUCAUCCAUCAAUCACAUUCACUCCAGAAGCCAGUGACAGAGAAUUUACCAAAGAAUAAUAAUAAUGUGUACGUACUGGCAGAAGACGACCCUCAGCACGGAAAGGAAAGUGAACUUGUGCUGUCAGUCUCUGUGAGUAACCUCAGUAGCUCUCGGCUCAUACCCAAGCAAACCUUGUCUAAGAAGAGGCCCGUUUCAGAUGAACCUUCUGGGAAGGGGAAUAAUCCGGAUGGCCUGCCACCUCUGAUGUGGAAGCUUCUUGAAGAGCACCUGGAGCAGGGUAUGGAGAUCACGCAGUAUGAGCAGCUACCUAAGCAGCAUCCGCACCUGGAGUGCUCGAUCGCUCAAUUGCCGGAGAAUGGUGACAGGAACCGUUUUCAGGACAUUCUGCCUUAUGAUGACACGCGCGUUGAGUUGGUACCAACCAAAGAAAACAACACAGGCUAUAUCAAUGCCUCUCAUAUCAAGGUCACUGUGGGUGUGGAAGAGAAGAAUUACAUUGCUUCCCAAGGGCCACUCUCCAGCACUUGUCAGGACUUCUGGCAGAUGGUGUGGGAGCAGGGUGUUUCUAUCAUUGCUAUGGUCACUGCUGAAGAGGAAGGGGGCAGGGAAAGGAGCUUCCGUUACUGGCCACGUCUGGGAUCACGCCACAACUCUGUUACUUACAGCCGCUUCAGAAUUACCACACGCUUCCGUACUGACUCUGGCUGCUAUGCUACCACAGGUUUGAAGAUAAAGCAGCUCUUGACUGGCCAAGAACGGACUGUCUGGCAUCUGCAGUACACAGACUGGCCUGACCAUGGAUGUCCUGAAGACAUCAAGGGUUUUUUGUCCUAUUUAGAAGAGAUUCAAUCAGUAAGAAGGCAUACGAACAACACCACAGAUCCAAAGAACCAUGCACCAGUUCUGAUCCACUGCAGUACUGGGGUGGGACGUACAGGAGUGGUAAUUUUGACAGAAGUCAUGAUCGCUUGUCUGGAACAUAAUGAGCUGAUGAAUGUCCCAACCGCUUUGAACUUGAUGCGUCAGCAGCGCAUGAUGAUGGUGCAGACCGUCCUACAGUACACUUUUGUUUACAAGGUUCUUAUUCAGUUCCUGAAGAAUUCCAGGCUUAUAUAAUUGUGUCUUUACAUAUUAUUAUCUUAAGAUUGAAUUACCUUUACAUAGGCUUUUUGCCAAAAAUGGGACAUGAUGCAUGUGAAUUUGAUAUUAAGAUUGUCAUUUCAUAUACAACCAAACCAGUAAUGAUUUAGUUGUACUGCCCAUCUUAAAAUACUGUUGAACAUUUUGUUAAGUAUUGCUGUUACAAAAUUAUGGCACUAAAUGAAGGGAUGUUACAUACCACAAAGAACGCAGGUAGAUAAUAACUGCUGGCCAAUAACCCGGGGAUGAAUAUUAAUAAGUUAUUAUGUUUGUCUUUAAAAACCUCAAGCACUUUUUUGACGAAUAUAGUAAAUCCUCCAAACCAAUAAGUUUUUCUACUAAGUAAAAAUGUUUAGUUUUGUGUUUUUUUCCAUUUUUUUUUUCUUUGUGUUCAUUUAUUGAAAGGUGACACAGUUGUCUUUUAAGAUUAUGGAAAUUAUUUAAGGAUGAAUAUUAUUUACAUUUAUCUUGAGCGUAUUAUUAUAUCUAUCGAUGACACAAAUUUCAGCUGUAGUUAUGUUAUUAUGCUCAUUUGAUUUUGAAUGAUAAGUGUUAGAUUCCUUCCUAUGUAUCUACAAAAGAACAUUUGGUUUUUCUUCAGGUAAUAAAGUGUGUCAUUUAAAUAUCAA